ACCAAGAUCCAAACGUGAGGACUAAAAUCAUAGAUUUACUUUUCUCGGCUUGUGGCUCUUUAUAAGUUGCAGGCAAGGUGUUUGUAAAAAUGCCUCUUCUUUGGAAACGCCUAAAUUCUGAAGCAAAGAACAAAAUACCGUUCACAUGGGCACGUUAAUAGGACACAUAGUGCCUGGAUUGGCACUCUUCCUUCUUGGACUGUGGCACACCAUCAACACCAUCAAAGCUUAUUUUGGGAGAGGCCCUUCCAAUUUCACCGUGAGAUUCUGGUACCAAUUCAAUGUCUUUCAUUGUAGACUCAAACACUUGGAGCUCAUUUCCAUUCUAUCUUUCUCCAUCCUUGCAAUUUCCCUUCAAGUUCUGGAUUUUCCUUCCUUUCACUUCACUCUCGAGCUUGACAGUUUUGAGCAUGUAACCAUGUUCAUACAGCUUGCUGUGUUUGCAAGCUUCAUCCUUUUUGCAGAGUUUUUGACUGAUUCAUUUGAGCUCUUGUCUGGGUUUGUUGGGAUCCUUGCAUCCUCAGUAUUUACUCAAGAGUUCUUUUUGCUUCAUUUUCACUCCACCGACCACGUUGGAAUUGAAGGACACUACCACUGGUUGCUUCAACUCAUAGUGUUCAUCUCACUUUUAGCAGCUAUUGCUGCAACUUUUUUCCCCAAGAGUUUUCAAGCAGCACUUGUUCUUUCCAUUUCUGUCAUGUUCCAAGGUUGUUGGUUUCUCAACAUGGGAUUCAUGCUGUGGGUUCCUGCUUUUGUCCCUCAAGGGUGUUCUAUGAAUGAUCUAGGCAAGACCAGAAUGGGUCAUAAUCAUAGCAUGCUUGGAGCAAUUUCUUGUAGCUCUGAUGAGGCUGAUUUUAGGGCCAGAGCUCUUGCUAAUUUACAGUUCAGUUGGAUCUUUUGUGCUAUUCUGAUAGUUUCAGGAAUAGUUGGUCUCAGAAUGGCAAGAACUAUAAGACCCACCAUUUCAGACAGAUUGGUUGAGUACCAGAGACUUCACAGCAAAGUUGCAGAUUCCACCAUAACCACUGAAGGUUUGAAGCUGGUUAAUUCACAAUUUGUUAAGCAGGAAGAGGCUUGAAAAUGUGAUAUAAAAUAACCUUUAUAUGGUAAUUAUAAUUACACAAGACAAGGCUGAUAUUAUGCUUUAUCCAACUAUCUGUUGGAUUUUUUAGAUACUUGUGUCAACAUGUAUAAAUGCAAAUCCUAUGGAUACUAGAUUGCAACUUAAAUGUUACUAUGUUUUUCUUCCGGAAUACAUACAUAAACUGUAAAAUAUAGUAUGUUUUUACAUAAACUGUAAAAUAUAGUAUGUUUUUACUUGUAAUGUUACCGAAGUCUGAAUCCUGUUGAACAAAA